UCGCCCAAUAUGAACAACUCUCACUGGCCUCUUUCACCUCUCACAACAUGGAUUUCAACGUGAGGAAACUCGCUUCAGAUGCUGGAAUAUUCUUUUCUCGGGCUGUUCAGUUUACAGAGGAGAAACUGGGCCAGGCAGAAAAGACAGAGUUGGAUGCUCACUUUGAGAAUCUGCAGUCGAGAGCUGACUGCACCAAAAACUGGACCGAGAAAAUCUACAGACAGACUGAAGUUCUGCUUCAGCCAAACCCUGGUGCACGCAUCGAAGAGUUCCUGUAUGAAAAGCUUGACCGGAAAGUUCCACCUCGGGCCACUAAUGGAGAGAUAUUAGGGCAGUAUAUGCUGGAGGCAGCGAAGGAGUUUGGAGCGGAAACUCCGUAUGGGAGCACCUUAAUCCAAGUGGGCGACUGCCAGAGGAGGCUGGGCGGUGCUGAGAGAGAGUUUCUGCAGAGCUCAUCCAUCAGUUUCCUCACACCCCUGCGCAACUUCCUGGAGGGCGACUGGAGGACCAUCUCGAAAGAGCGGAGACUCUUAGAGAAUCGUCGGUUGGAUCUGGAUGCUUGUAAAGCCCGACUGAAGAAAGCCAAAGCAGCGGAGGCUAAAGCAGCUGCUGUGCCAGACUUCCAAGAGACCAGACCGCGUAAUUAUGUGCUUUCUGCCAGCGCGUCUGCGCUGUGGAAUGAGGAGCUUGAUAAAGCAGAGCAUGAAUUGCGUGUUGCGCAAUCAGAGUUUGACAGACAGGCAGAGGUCACGCGACUGCUCCUCGAAGGCAUCAGCAGCACACACGUGAAUCAUCUGCGCUGUCUGUGUGAGUUUGUGGAAGCGCAGGCGGUGUAUUAUAAACAGUGUCAUCAGUACAUGCAGGAGCUGCAGAGAGAGAUGGGCAGUUCCAGCGGAGAUGUCCCAUCUGCUGUCCCGCCGCUAAAUUCGCAGACUCCACUGGAAACAGACGCUCUGCAGAUCGAGGAGGUGCAGCCACCCGCAAGCGGCACGCGCAACGCCAAAGUUCUGUACGACUACGACGCCGCAGAUUCCAGCGAGCUCUCGCUGCGGGCUGACGAGCUGAUUACGGUGUACACAGUGCCUGGAAUGGACUCUGAUUGGCUGAUUGGAGAAAAAGGAAACCAGAAGGGAAAAGUGCCUGUUACAUAUCUGGAGCUGUUGAGCUAGAGAGGACACACACACACACACACACACACACACACACACACACACACACACACACACACACACACACACACACACACACACACACACACACACACACACACACAGUGAUGUCUGUCUGCUUAAAAAGGUACGUUUAUUGAAAAUCAAACUACUAAUUGUGUGUUCAAAUGCAUGCCAGGAUAUAAUAGUGGUCUGGGCUUAAUAUUUUCUCCUCAGUUUUAUUUUUUUAUAUUACAAUGUUGUCAUAAUGUCUCUACAAGGCUGACAUGAAUUGAUUUUGCCUAAAGCUCAUCGAUAUGGGCAGACGUUGAGUGGAAAUCAGACCGUAUUGAUCUCAUUAAUACCAAGGUAUUAUCCAUUCAGGUUUAGAGAACAUUCACAGAAUGUUUUAAUUUUCUUUUAGCGAUCAUAUUAAAAUUGAUACUAUUAACAACACGGUUGCGUUUCAGACUCGUGUUAAAUCACACAAAUAUUCUCUGGGACACAAAAGCCAUCCCUCAUAAUUAAUAAUUCAUUCACAAAUGCUAGAAACAUCCACUCAUGAUGGAAAGAUGGAAAUGUUUGACUGGUUUUGCACUAGAAGCUUCUAAGCCUUCCAUUUAGAGAAUACAGACCUUUAGUCGGGUUCUCCUGAAAUUAGAAGCUUAAUAUUAAACGUUCAAAGGUUUGUGCUGUUUAACCGCUUCCAUAUUUGCACCGUCACCAACACUCGUAAAGCCUAAAUGCCCCACUGCCUUAACAACAUCUGAUAGAACUCAUAAAUCACUGCAAAUGUGGUUGUUUCCCUUUCACAGCCUUUUACAAAAUAACGUCCCUUGAGGUCAAAUAUUUCUAAUGUCACAGAAUGAUGGAAACCGGAAUAUGAGUGUCAUUCCAGCCUUAAAUGCAUCAUGGAUGAAACUUUGUUUUUUCCUGUAUGAAGAACCCGUGCACCAAUCCCUGCUCUUUCCUCUCGGAGCUUUAAAAGCCAUUAAAAGAAGCAAAGUUGAUCCAUUCUGUAAGUGGAGAAACCUCAAAACAACUGGUCAAAUAAUUGUUCUGUAUGUGUUGUUACGACUAUUGUUUUGAUGUUAUUGCCUCAUUCCAUUGUUCUUUUAAACUAGUUUUUUCAUGCACGUUUGCUCUCGGUCCAAAAAACUAUACUUGACUGGACUAUUUAAAUGCUCUGUUUUAUUGUAUGAGAUAGCAGUAAUAUUUAUUUAUCAUUGAAAAUGUGUUUCCUCUGUUUUGAGAGUUUAUAUGCUGUCUGCGCCGUCACUGGUGCAUAGCUCAACCCUUUGUUGCUUCUGUUUUUUAGCUUGUAAAAUCACUUUAUUUAAGAUUUUUGAGUGCCAAAGUGCAGCUAAAGAUUUAGAUGUUGUGUUCAUUGUGCAUUAUUUAAUGUAUUUUAUUUCUCUGUUUUUAUUCUUGUAUUUUAAAUGAUUAUGGGUUAUGUAUAAGGGCCAAAAAUGGACCUCAUGAAAAUACAACAUUUUGAAAGUAAUGCAUUAUCCAUGUUCUGAAUGUAAUACUUGCAUACUACUUACUGAAUACUGCGCUUUAUACACUACUGCCUACUAUUUCUAGUAUGUGAAACAGUAGGCAUUACGCAACAAUUUGCAAAGAGAAGGCUACAUUUGCGCAAUUCAAUUUGAUGUAAUUUUGUUAUGAAAUUGAAAUGUGUAAAUUAAAAAAAAAUGGCUGAAUCAUUUUUUUUGAGUGUUGUUGUCAUAUGACAUCCAGUUAUCAUGUUGGGAAUAAAUAGGGAUAUUUGAUAAUUUUGUGUAAUUAUGUCUUCACAUUUUGCGAUCCUGAUAAAGUUUGCUGUAAUAAUUACAUCUGGUUUAUUCGUCACAGGUCGGCCACUCUGCAUUGUCAUAUACAUGCCAUUUAUGUAUACUUCAUAAAUAGUACGAGUAGUAGUGUAGUAUUUUAUUCUGAACAUAGCUCUUGUUUUUGAGAGUCAACUUCUCGUCUGCCGUGUCAAUAUCUGUUGGACAAUUGUGUAUGUUUUCCUGCUGUCUGUUACUCUUCAGUGUAUUUAUUGGCGGCUCUCCAAGCCAUGCGGAGAGAUUCAAGCUUAGUAGAAUAUAAUAAAAGUCCUCUUUUUUUGACAUGUAACUCUCAAGGUCU